AUGGCCAGUUAUAAUCCUAAAACCUACGACGGAAAACCUAACCCUGUAGAAUUUGAGGAUUGGGCAAGUAUGGAUAAAUUGUUUGAUGCUAUAAAUUGUCCUGAAAAAUGGAAAGUAGGAUUUGCUGUUUAUUAUCUAGUUGGGCAGGCAGAUCUAUGGUGGGAAACUGUGAAGGAAAGGAGAAAUAAUGAAGAUUUCGGAUGGACUCAGUUGAAGGAUCUUAUGAGAGCAAAAUUUUACCCAUCAGCCCUGAAAAGACAAAAAGAGGAAGAAUUUAAUCAAUUAGAGCAAGGCAAUAGUUACCAUGCUAGCAUUGAUAUGGCACCUUAUGAAGCUCCAUAUGGACGAAAAUGUAGAACCCCUUUAUCUUGGAGCGAUAUAGAUGAAUCAAAGAUAAUCGGACCUGAAAUGAUACAAGAAACAUCUGACAAGGUUCGAAUCAUUCAGGAGAAAAUGAGAACUGCACAGAGUCGUCAGAAAAGUUAUGCUGACCUUAAAAGAAGACAUGUAGAAUUGUCAGUAGGCGAGUCAGUAUUUCUAAAAAUUUUCCCUACCAGAGGAGUAGUGAGGUUUGGCAAAGCAAGAAAACUUCGUCAUAGAUACAUUGGGACAUUUGAGAUUAUCGAGAAAAUUGUAAGCGUAGCUUAUCGAUUAUCACUCCCUAGUGAAUUUUCUCGAAUUCAUGAUGUAUUCCACGUUUCACUUUUACGCCGAUAUAUACCAGACCCAUCCCAUAUUAUUACUAUACUCCCUGUUCGAGUUGGAGAAGAUUUGACUUAUGAAGAGCAACCUGUUCAAAUUUUAGAUCAUAAAGAUAAAGUACUACGCAACAAAGUAAUUCCGUUGGUAAAAGUGUUAUGGUCUAAUCACAUCGAAACAGAAGCUACAUGGGAAGUUGAACAGGAUAUGCGAGACAAGUACCCACACUUAUUUUAA